GAAAAUGGUUGCUCUGUUGUAGUUUUGGGUGUGUAGCUAGCUAAAGUAUUUUUAAUAUAAUAGCUAGCUAAUUCAUCACAAAGUUUGGGGAUACACAAUUCGGUCAACAUUUUUAUUUAUUUCACGUACAAGGUUAGAUUUGAACUUGUACGUUGUAGUUGUGUGCACUUUACUAUAUUCGUUGAGGCUAAACGUUAGAUGGUCCGCAGCAGUAGAGCUAGCUAGUUUAGCUAGCAUCAAUCCGACUUUCGUCAACUCCUCUCGUUGCGUGAUUCAGUUGUCCGUCAGUUGAUCAGAAAAUCCUGAAAAUAAUAUCACAUAGUGGCCACCGUUUUUGAUAUUAGGUCGGUUUGUUCAACCUUUGAAAAUUGAAGUUACGUUAGCAACCUCGUAAACAAAUGCGGCACCAUGUUAGCGGGAGUUGUGUUCCCUAGAAUUGGAAGUGGCAUUUCCGGCGGCGUGAAAAGGGCCCUUUCUUGGCCCUAGGUAUGGAGGAGAACGAGGCACUGGAGAUCUACUGCAGGAGAAUGAUAACACAGGUCAACAAUCAACUGAACCCAGAAACAGAAGGAGAGAGGGGGAGGAGAAAGAGCCAGGAGGAGAGGGGGGAAGAGGGGGAGAGAGCAGCCCCCAGAGGGAGGAGGAGGCAGGAGUUGCAGAGUGAGACCUGUAGGAGGAUGAUCAUACAAGUACACAGAAAACAGAACACAGAAACUACAGCAGCGAGUGAGAGGAGAGAGAGGCAGAAGGAAAAGAGGGGGUGUGAGGACCUUGCAGGAGAGCCCCGGCCUGCAGCCCAGCCCCAGCCCCAGCUUCAACCUGAGCAUGUCCCUUUACAGCUCAUUUCUGCCCUGAAGAUGAAGUCUUUCACAGAGGAGAUGAGACGGGCCAUGGACACAGAGCUGCAUGACCCAUCAGUGUGUGGAGUGUGUGUGCAGCAGCAGGCAGCCUUGUCCCUGAACACCUUCAUCAGGAGGAAGACGACUCAACUAGACGCUAACACACUGGAGGAUAGACUACACACACACCUCUACAACAGGGACGCUGUGUGUCUGUGGGGAGAGUUGGUAAGGGGUCUCCCCAAGCCCUCUGACGCCCCCAGCAGGAUCUGGGAACAACUGCAGGCCAGGGGGAAACGCACACAGCAACCUGGGGUUUCCUUGGCGACAGAACAGGAAUCUGGAUGUACCCAGACAAGAGAAUGUCAAUCUGGGCUUAACCUGACGACAGUACAAGAACUGAGCUAAAGGUACCCUCAUGCUGGCCAUGUGACUGAGCAUAUCAGAAAUGGCACCCUUUUCCCUAUGUAGUGAACUACUCUUGCGUCGAGCCAGCCCUAUGUGGAAGUGUGGAUUGCAGCCUGUGACUUUCAGCGAGUGCCACUGAUCAUCUGUAUUGUGAGGAGAUUGCUCUUAAAGUGUAAAAGAAAAUACAAUUCCAACUGCAGUACAAAAUACAUGUUUUAUUUAUUAUUGUAUUAAAGUUUCACAUACAACACUGUUAAAAGCAAAUAAGCAUCAUGGUUUUCUCAGUCCUUGACAGUCCCUUAUGCCUUAAGUAAACAUUAGAACAACUUCCUGGGUUAUACACUCCAACGAUGAACCCACUUUCAUAUCAUCACAAACAGUUACAACACAGUCAUUAUAGUUCAGCCAUGGAAAGUGUUCAUGUUAAAUACAGAGUAACAAGUAAAUUCAGUCCGUUUUACAUUUCUAAUGCCAGAACCAAUAGCAACAUUGGCUGAAGAACGCUCAAC